GGCGGCGGGAGGUGGGGGGGGAGGAGGAGGAGGAGAAGAAGGCAGGAGGAGCAAGAGAAGGAGGAGAAGAGAGGAGGAGGAAGAGAAGGAGGAGAAGGGAGAAGGAGGAGGCAGCGAGGCUAUCGCGGUGGUCACGAAGACGGUGUUCCCCAGAGCCGGGCUCACAGCUGCCGCACGCAGCGAGAUGACAGCCAUCCUGGAGCGGAUCAGCACGCUGUCCCUCAGCGGGCAGCAUCUCAGCCGUCUCCCCAGGCUGUUGGAGGAUGGCUUCCCCAAGAUGCCUUGCACGGUCAAAGAGUGCGAGGUGCCACAACUCUUCCGUGAGCCGUACAUCCACGCUGGGUACCGCCCCACCGGCCAGGACUGGCGGUACUACUUCCUUAGCCUCUUCCAGAAGCACAAUGAGUUGGUCAACAUAUGGACUCAUCUACUGGCAGCGCUGGUGGUGCUGCUGAGAUUCAAAACGUUUGUGGAGGCUGAGCAGUUACCUGUGGAUGCAUGGUCCUUGCCUUUGCUCAUCUUUGUCUUCUCCUCUGUCGCCUACCUGAGCUGUAGCCUCUUGGCCCACCUACUGCAGUCCAAAUCAGAGCUGUACCACUACACUUUCUACUUUGUGGACUACGUUGGAGUCAGCAUCUACCAGUACGGUAGUGCCCUGGCUCAUUUCUACUACAGCUCUGACCAAGCCUGGUACGACAAGUUCUGGCUUUUCUUCCUGCCGGCAGCUGCUUUUUGUGGCUGGCUGUCCUGUGCCGGCUGCUGCUAUGCGAAAUACCGGUACCGACGGCCUUACCCCAUCAUGAGGAAGAUGUGCCAGGUGAUCCCAGCUGGGCUGGCCUUCGUCCUGGAUAUCAGUCCUGUCGCUCACCGGGUGGUUGUGUGUCACCUGGGGGGCUGUGAGGAAGAUGCUGCUUGGUACCACACGUACCAGAUACUGUUUUUCCUUAUUAGCGCUUAUUUCUUCUCCUGCCCUGUCCCCGAGAAGUACUUCCCUGGCUCCUGUGAUAUCAUUGGCCAUGCCCACCAGAUCUUCCACACCUUCCUGGCCAUCUGCACGCUAUCACAGCUGGAAGCCAUUCUGUUGGAUUACAAGACCAGGCAGGAGAUUUUCCUGAAGAGACAUGGGCCUUUCUCCAUUUAUCUCUCCUGCAUCUCCUUUUUUGGCCUGGUAGCUUGUAGUGCCGUUACAGCUUACAUCCUGCGACGCAGGAUCAAGGCCAGCCUGGCCAAAAAGGAUUCCUGAGAGUCACGAAUGUGAUGGGUCUGACACUACAAGGCUGAUGAGAAAUCAAGAAAAGGGGGACAUAACAUAUUAGAGACGUAACUGGCUUAUUUGCCUAACACGCUGUGACUAACCCGGACCCUGGACUCAAGUGGAGGGCUGGAGACUUCGUGCUGGAUGUGCUUUCACAGCAGGGACUGCCUUUUGCCACCCAGGGGAACAUGGGGUGUUGGUUUAAGCCAGAACAAGUCAUUUAACUGAGGAUGCUGGAAUAGGCAGAGGUUUCUUGUUCAUUCUGGUAAAUCUGUGGGUGAUACCUUGCUGAAUGUUGGGGAGGGCAGCCUCAAGGCUGCGACACUGUGGAAGGGCGUGCCAGGGCUCUCAGUGCGAUGGAGAACGCACAGUGAGGAUCCCAGCUGGACGCGAUGACCUCUCUGGGUUUUGUCAUUGUGAGACCUGUUCCUAUCAAAGGCAGUAGCAAGGUUUCAGGAAGAGUCUGCAUGCCUAGGGUUCAGCUACGAGGCCAUAUGUGGCAGUGGCUGGUACAGUCCCUUUUCCUGCUCCAGGUGGGCCAAACCAGGUUCUGUCUAUGGUCCUCUUGCCAAGCACCUCAACACCAGGUUGCUGAAGUGGCUUUGGCAAAACGUGUUUGGAGACUUAGGCCAGACUUGGCCUCCUCUAGGAGGAAUUGGGUCUGAACCUGAGCCCUGUGUCUGCCAGUGGCCGGCGUGGGUCCAGCACAGGUGGAGAUGCUGGGUCACCUCCAUCUUCUCUUUCUGCUUUCUGUAUGACUGCACCAUGCGCGGUCAUCAAAACCAAGGAGCCAGGCUGUCCCACGGAUUACCAACAGGAGAUAGGAUCUUCCUUGGCAGUUGGAAUUUGACCUAAGAUAAUGGCAGUGCUAUUGGCUGUUUGAUAGCUUACAGGACAGGUCUUCAGAGGCUCCUCAUUUCCAUUUUAAGUGCUUAGUUUCCUUUUAGGAGCUGGACCUGAGUCAAGUUGGAGAUAGUUUUGAGUCUUCCUCAGUGGCAGUGGCAGAGGUUCAGCACCUCUGAGGCCAUCAGCAUUCGGAGUGAUGGCUGCAGGAUGGGGGAUGCUUCUGAUGUUGGGUGCAUCAUUCUGGCUGCUUGUGUGACAGGUUCACACAUCCCUGCAUAGACUGACUCUGAUCUUCUAUCUGGGGAGCCUGACUGACAUCCAGCGCUGGCCAUGAAGGCAUCGGGUAACUUGGGUGUGACCUGUCUGAUACAGGAAAGGCCUCCAACAGCCUUACUGCAGUCAUGGCCAGAAGGGUAUGAAAGUGAAGUAAUCUUUAUUUCUGUUAGUGGUGCUUUUCAGGACACCAGGCAGUCCUUGGUGGGCCUCGUGGAAAAGCUGACCUUGAAGCUGCAGGGUUGCUUUUCUCUGACCAAUGGGGUUGUGAAUCUGGCAUGUUUUUAUCAGCGCUCGAUGAAGGUAGAACAGCAAAAGGCGGGAGGGUCCUAGGCAACCUUGGGAUGGGUUUGUCCUUGAGAAUCAUAGAACGGUUUGGGGUGGAGACUUGGUGAUUUCCUGUGUGGAGUAGCGGGAAUAGUGGUCAGGGAUGAAAAUGUCCAUGGGUCACUCCUGCCCAAGGUACGGAAAGGGUUGGUUUGCUGUGUCCCCCACCAGAUGAGUCUCUUCUGUGCUUGCUUGGAGGGGAUAUAAAAAAUGGAGCCACAUGGCUGAACUGAAGUUGAAUGCACUUGCAGAACAGGGUUGGAGGUAUGGUCCCCUGCAGCUGAGGCACCUUCUGUUCGACUCCUUGCUUUCCCCAGUAAAUCCUGGCACAGCUCCUCCCAGUCGUGCACUGUGCAAGGCCUGAAACCUCAAAUGCCUCGACAUCUGGCAAAUUCCUAGGAGGGAUAAAUCUUUGCUGAAAUCAAGGAAGCAGUGGAAUUUGUUCCAGCAAUAGGUUUGUCUCACGGAAUCCAAGGGCAGACGAAUGAGUCGUGGUUGCUGGUUCUGAGCAGGCAGAGGUUAGGGCUGGAGCAUGAUCUGUUGUGACAAGCACUGAUUCGCACUGAUUUCUGCACUUGAUCUGAUUUUUACCUGUUGAGGGGUGUUGUGCUUCUGUAUGUGUGUGCGUGAUUGGUUACCCAGAAAGGCUUUGCCUUUACUUUUCCAUCUGCAGAGCCUCCUCGUCAGGCUGAGGUUAGCCUGAAGGUACCAGUGCUGUGCUGCUGGAGAAGCAGGGUGGGCCAGACGGCAGUGGCUCCCAAGCAGAUCUGUUAAUGGGUGCUUUGCCGUGUCUUGUGUUUUGUGGGCAAAUUUGAAACUCAUGGCCCUGUUGACACAUUAAAUACAAAGUGGGAAAGUAGUAAGUUUUGAGUACAGGAGAAGACAUCAUGGGAAAGCUUUAAGGAGGCCGUCUAGUCCACCCUUUCUCAUCACUUGGCAUCCUGAUUUUCAUCCAGUCCAGCUCAGAAAUUGUUUAUUUAAUUUCCUACAGUGUUUUUUGACCUAACAGCAGAUUUGCGUCUGGGAGAGACGAGUGUGGAUGGUCCCACCUACUCCUUAUUGUUCCCCUUCCCACACACAGAAGCUCACCUGGCCACAGAGUGAGCUGGUGCUAGGAGAUGGAGCAGUAGAAAACCAAUCCUACUGAACAAAUAUCAGUAAUUUUCUGCUGGGUUUAACUUUCAGCCUCGCUUGGACAACACUGCUGCUUGCAGGGAAGGGCUGGAGCGGGUGCCAGCAGCAGGUCCUGCUUUCCCAGCAGUCGGUUGUUCUGCUCUUCUGGUGCCAAAGGACUGCUUCCAUCGUGGUCUCUGGGGCUUUGAUUGUGGGUUCCCUCACAGUGUGGGGAAAGACAUCCGGUGGGAACAGUGUUUUUCCUCACAGUGUAAGUUGCCUUGGUUUUGUGGUUUGUGAAGCAGAAUGCUUUUGCUGAGUGUGGAUCUGGCCAGAUGGCAUCAGCGAGCUCCUGUGCAGGAAGGAGAGUGAACCAAGCUGUUCCUUUCUGGCCUGAAACAGAGAGAGAAUGGGCAUCGCUGCUAACAGCAAAUCCUGCUCUGCUGCUGCCUGGAGUUGCACUGGUACCAAAGGAAGGGGUAACCCACGCAUUUCCUUGUCUAAGGGUUUGGAAUAGAUGAUAUGUCCUGCCUGUGUCAAAGGAGGAUGAGGAUGGUAAUGCCAUCCAGUUCAGGGCAGGGAGAGGAGGUGCCCACAUGGCUUUCCCAAGGUAUUUCUGGUCAUUUGUCAUCUCCUCCCUGGCCCAGCAGAAGUGAAACUUCUCCUUCUGGAGAAAUUGUGUGAUGGUACUGGUGUUUUUCCAUAUUCUUAUGUUACCCCUCAGGUGAAGCCGCUCACGUCCCUGUGUGGCCCCGCACUCAGACCUGGAGCUGACCUCCUAGUCACUAUGAUGGGCUGAUGUAGCAGGGAUGCAAUAGAGAUCACUGCUGCUGUGAGGAUGCACCCUUGUGUCACAAGGGGUUCACCAAUACUGGAUCUUCCUUCUUCACCCUCUCCAUCUUCCUCCUCUUCCUCCAAAUAGCUUAUUUGUUUCCCUUAUCUCUGGGGUUCAUCCUUGUGCCUUACACACCUGGCUGCCUACCUGGGCAGACGCCACAUGCCGUGCACUCUGCUGCCCCUCAGCCAGGCCGGGACCGGAGGGUGGCUGCCGAUGCCCUCCUGAAAGCCAUGCUCUUGAUGUAGGGGGGACCAGGGCUGGGCCCAGAGAGAGUGACCGUGCCACUGUGGUGAAUGCUAGGCUUAUCUGAGAGCCUCUGAGGGCCUUCUCCUUGGGCUCACUGCUUGGAGCAUGCCUUCUCCCACCCCGGUAUUCCCCUAGGGGGGCACGGCUGGGAGGAGUGCACCAGGGGCAGGGUCUGGUGAAGAGCUGACCACCAAAGGCUGAGAACAUCUGAGAUCCUGAAGGGACCAGGGUCCAAAUCUUCUCCCUGAAAAAUCUUUUGUCCUUGGAGAGUUUUUUUGCAGAUCUUGCAAUCUGGAUCUCCACAGGACACCUCUUGAGACCUCAUCCCUAUGUGCCUUGUCCUGUUCUGUUUUGGGAUUCAUCACAAAGGAACCUGAGGCCCACAGGCAGCCUCUGCCAAUGGCUGCUUCCCGCUGGGUUUGCUUGGUUUACAGAGCAGAAGAGGAGGAUGGAGAGAGGUGCCUUAAACUCAUGUUUGUGCCUGGUGACUUGUGUAACACGGCAAGAACGGGUUCCUCACGUGCCUUGCGAUUUACAUCUUUUACUGACAAGAUCAUUUGUAAGCGUUGUUUGUUACUAAACAGAAGUACGAAAGAGUUGGUAUUUUUUUUUUCCCUGGGAAGCAGGGAAAGGUAUGAGUGAUCCUUGUUAACCUUUCCCAGUUCCCAUCUGCUGACUUUGUAUUGUUGCAAACACUGGUAAUGUUUUAAGCUCUGUACUGUCUUGAUCAUUAGUUAAAAAACUUACUGGGAAAAAAAAAUCUGUAAAAGCAAAAGUUUUGUGUGGUGUGAAAUUCCCAACUGCACAACUACGGGAGGGCAGGAGUCAUUGGGAAGAAAAGUGGGUAAUAGUUACGGGGUGGAUACAGAAUCACAGAAUCAUGGAAUGGU